AUGGCCGACGCAGAGGAGGGCUUUGGCCUGGCGCACCCGCCUCUGGAGCCUGACUCAAAAGACCUGCCCUGCGAUUCAAAACCGGAGAGCGCACUAGGGGCCCCCAGCAAAUCUCCGUCCUCCCCGCAGGCCGCCUUCACCCAGCAGGGCAUGGAAGGAAUCAAGGUGUUUCUCCAUGAAAGAGAACUAUGGCUGAAAUUCCAUGAAGUGGGCACGGAAAUGAUCAUAACCAAAGCUGGAAGGAGGAUGUUUCCCAGUUACAAAGUGAAGGUGACUGGUCUUAAUCCCAAAACAAAGUACAUUCUCCUCAUGGAUAUUGUUCCUGCCGACGACCACAGAUACAAGUUCGCGGAUAAUAAAUGGUCUGUGACCGGCAAAGCUGAGCCGGCCAUGCCGGGCCGCCUCUACGUGCACCCGGACUCGCCGGCCACUGGGGCGCACUGGAUGCGGCAGCUUGUGUCCUUCCAGAAACUCAAGCUCACUAACAACCAUCUGGACCCAUUUGGCCAUAUUAUUCUGAAUUCCAUGCACAAAUACCAGCCCAGAUUACACAUCGUGAAAGCAGAUGAAAAUAAUGGAUUUGGCUCAAAAAAUACAGCCUUCUGCACCCACGUCUUUCCUGAGACUGCAUUUAUCGCAGUAACGUCCUACCAGAAUCACAAGAUCACGCAAUUAAAGAUCGAGAAUAAUCCCUUCGCCAAAGGGUUCCGGGGCAGCGAUGAUAUGGAGCUGCACAGAAUGUCAAGAAUGCAAAGUAAAGAAUAUCCCGUGGUUCCCAGGAGCACAGUGAGGCAAAAAGUGGCCUCGAACCACAGUCCUUUCAGCAGUGAGCCUCGAGCUCUCUCCACCUCAUCCAACUUGGGGUCCCAGUACCAGUGUGAGAAUGGAGUCUCUGGCCCCUCCCAGGACCUUCUGCCCCCUCCCAACCCAUACCCACUGCCCCAGGAGCACAGCCAAAUUUACCAUUGCACCAAGAGGAAAGAUGAAGAAUGUUCCACCACAGACCAUCCCUAUAAGAAGCCCUACAUGGAGACAUCACCUAGUGAAGAGGACCCCUUCUACCGUUCUAGCUACCCCCAGCAGCAGGGUCUGAGUGCCUCCUACAGGACAGAGUCGGCACAGCGGCAGGCCUGCAUGUACGCCAGCUCGGCGCCACCCAACGAGCCGGUGCCCAGCCUGGAGGACAUCAGCUGCAACACGUGGCCCAGCAUGCCUUCCUACAGCAGCUGCACGGUCACCACUGUGCAGCCCAUGGAUAGGCUACCCUACCAGCACUUCUCUGCUCACUUCACCUCGGGGCCCCUGGUCCCCCGGCUGGCUGGCAUGGCCAACCACGGCUCCCCACAGCUCGGAGAGGGAAUGUUCCAACACCAGACCUCCGUGGCCCACCAGCCUGUGGUCAGGCAGUGUGGGCCUCAGACUGGCCUUCAGUCCCCUGCCAGCCUUCAGGCCCCCGAGUUCCUCUACUCUCAUGGCGUGCCAAGGACUCUGUCCCCUCACCAGUACCACUCUGUGCAUGGGGUUGGCAUGGUGCCAGAGUGGAGUGAGAACAGCUAA